AUGGCACAGCUUUGGCUUCUCUUGGUGUUUGCUCUGGCCACAAAUGUUGCAGCAAAUGUAGCUUAUUUUACCCCUUUCUCACCAUCUCCUUCACCAUCAACACCACCUCCUAUGACCAAUUUCUACAAAUCUCCACCACCACCUUCACAGACUAUACCACCUUCUCUUUCUCCAUCACCACCACCAUCACAUUCACCAUCUUACUAUGAGCCACAAAGUCCAUCACCAUCACAAACUCCUUCAUCCCCAUCACCUAUACCUCCAUAUAAUAAAUCACCAUUGUCACCAUCAUCACCACCUUCUUAUUACAAGAAUAUACCACGACCCUCGCCCUCUUCUUCAUCUCCUCCUCCUCCUUAG